AUGAGGCUAUUUAGGUGGAGAGGAUUAACUCUUUUGCAUGUCCUGGUCUCAAUCAAUUUAGUCUCAGCAACAAUCCCACAACCAGCUGCUCUUGCCAGCGAGUCUAUUGCCACAAUCACCUCAUCCUAUGCCAGCACGGUUACCAAUGUUGUGACAUCAACCUUCUUGAACGUCGUAUCCACCACUACUUGCAUCGCUGGGACUAGCGCACCGACCAGCACGUGCUCCGAUUAUGUGUGGUCUUUGAGGGGUAAAUACUAUCAGGAAACAUGUGACGCAUCCGUCUAUGCCACAACUACGAUUGCUCAGUUGAGUCCUUAUACCCAUCUGCCUAACAUCUGGGAAUGCUAUGUAUACUGCAGCAUUUUUGGUUCGCUAUGCAACGGAGUUGAUUACAAUCCUUCAUCUUCUUCCUGUGGCUAUAUUAAGUACACAACAGCCGCGACAUUCAUUUCGAAGUCAGGCCACCACCAGUCCCUCUGCUCAAAUUUCUUACACUCCCUCAUCAUCUGGCUCUUCGAGAUCCAGUCCAAUAUCUUCAAGUCAACAUUUGUCUUCAAGUUCGCCUCUUUCAUCGCCUUUAUCGCCUUCAUCGUCUUCAUCCCUAAUUCCAAUUUCCACGCCCCAUGUUGUAGCUACUUCAAGUCAACAUUUGUCUUCAAGCUCGCCUCUUUCAUCGCCUUCAUCGCCUUCAUCGUCUUCAUCGUCUUCAUCCCUGACUCCAGUUUCCACGCCUCGUGUUGUGGCUACUUCAAGUCAACAUUUGUCUUCAAGCUCGCCUCUUUCAUCGCCUUCAUUGUCUUCAUCUCUGACUCCAAUUUCCACGCCUCCUCUUCCGUGAAACCACAGUCAGCCAUAUCAUCUAAGCUCAGUACCCAUUCAUCGGCAACCACCACCUCGCUUUCCGUUGGCCGAUCAUCUGUUCUUCAGUCUCAAACCAGUGCCGUAUAUGUCUCUUCUAGCUCUAAUGUUGCUCAAGUAUCGUCUGUUACCACGCAUGAUUCAAGCUCCUUCAGCCCACCAUCACAGUCACCUGUUUCUUCCAGCCAUCAAUUUACGCCUUCCGCGGUUAUUAGCUCUCAAUCAAGCAGAGCUCGGGCUCCUAGUUCGCCUGGAUCUGUCUUGUCUAUAACAUCCACUACUCAACCCGCUCCAGCAUCUACUACUUUGGAAUCAAGCGGAGGCUUCACUAUACCGACAGAUAAGCCUACGCACAAAACCUCUUCGACAUUUUCCCAAGUCAUUGGCUCGACAGGUGGAGCUGCACAGCAAAGCUCCAGUUUUACAAGCGGCAUGACCACGAUUUCCGAAAGCUUCUCUAGUGAAAUAGCUACUAGACUGUCCACAACAUCCACAGUUUUGACCACAAGAGUUGCCACGGUCACAGAGUGUCCAUCAUCACAACCUGAUUGCCCAGUUUCAGGUAGGAGUACUUUUGUGACCACUGAGACUUUGGUAGUUUCGACAACUGUCUGCCCUCUUACAGAGGAGCCGCGACCUACAACUGACAGCCAACCUAAGCCGGAUAAUGGCGCUACCACACAGGGUGGCCAAUUCACUAACGGAGGAUCGACCACUUCCACUAUCUUUUCCACUCGAACGGCAACUAUCACGGCCUGCCCAUCCACAGUGACAAACUGCCCAGCUUCGGCCAAGAGCACCUACAUGACCACGGAAACACUUGUUGUUUCAACAACGAUAUGCCCUAUCACUGAGGAAGCUCACUCUACAACAACCACCGUUCUAAGUUCAAGUAGUGGUACUUCGCUGAGUAGCCAGUCUUUGCAAGAGGCAUUGACCACUUCAACGGUGCUCUCAACAAGAGUUUCAGCCAUCACAGCUUGUCCUUCUAGCGUAACAGAUUGCUCGGCCCCUGAAAAGACAACUUUCCUGACAACAGAAACAAUUGUGGUCUCAACCACUAUUUACCCUGUUACAGGGCUUGAUUCUGCUACCUCAACAGCCCAAUCAAGCCCAUCUCUCGUUGUCUCAGCCUCUUCAGCAUUCCCCACCGUGGAAUCUGGCAUCAGUAUUUCAGCCCCAGGCUCCGGGUCUGAGACUACACAAUCUUUCUUGUCGCUGUACGGACAACCCAACCCGACAAUCCGAACAUCUUCCUCUACACUGCCUAGCUCUGGACCCAACAACGCUGCAGCCUACUCCUCUCAUCCAUACCGCUCAGCAGCUCCAUCGAAGAUUAUUGCUAGUUCUCACAGCGCGAGCUCCGCCACCAGUGCCGUGACUGCAGUGUUCACCGGUGCAGCCUACGCGAACCACUGGUCAACAAACCACUUCAUUGGAGUACUGAUUUCGAUGGCGGCUCUUGUUGUUGCGUAA